UCUUCCCAUCGAUAAUUUCCAGAUCAUAAUAUCAGCAAUGGAAGAAGAUAACCACGAAAAACAAAAUGACAAUGGCGGAUCUUCCUCUUUCUUUAAGACCUGUUUCAACGCACUCAAUGCUCUUUCAGGAAUUGGAAUAUUGUCAGUACCAUAUUCACUAGCUCGUGGAGGAUGGUUGAGUCUUUCACUUCUAUUACUCCUAGCCGCAACCGCUUUCUACACAUCUUUACUCAUCACAAAAUGUAUGAACGCGGAUCGCAGUAUCAAAACAUAUCCGGAUAUCGGAGAACGUGCGUUUGGUAGAACAGGAAGAAUCAUUGUGUCACUCUUCAUGCACUUAGAACUCUAUCUAGUCACCACAGGUUUCUUGAUUCUUGAAGGAGACAAUCUUCACAAUCUUUUCCCUAGGUUUAACAUCGAAAUGAUCGGGUUGAGAUUAAACGGGAAACAAUCUUUCAUGGCAACUGUAGCCCUAGUUAUCAUGCCAACUCUUUGGUGGGAUAACUUAAGCGUCUUGUCUUAUGUUUCCAUGAGUGGCGUUUUAGCUACGACCGUGACUCUUGGAUCGAUAUCUUGGGUUGGAGCGUUUGAUGGGAUUGGGUUUCAUCAAAAAGGAAAGUUGAUCAAUUGGAGUGGAAUCCCUACAGCUUUGAGCUUGUUUGCUUUCUGCUAUGGUGCACAUCCUGUUUUGCCCACUUUGUAUUCUUCUAUGAAAAGCAAACAUCAGUUUAACAAUGUUCUACUUAUAUGUUUUGUAUUAUGCACCCUAGGUUACACAUCAAUGGCGGUUUUGGGCUACCUAAUGUAUGGAUCAAAUACAUUAUCGCAAAUAACGUUGAAUCUACCAAUUCAUAAGACGAGUUCAAAGGUGGCAAUCUACACAACACUCGUGAACCCCAUAGCUAAAUAUGCGUUGAUGAUUACACCAACGGUGAAUACUAUAAAAGAUUGGUUUCCUUCACGGUACGCUAGAAAAACAUACUUACAUCUGUUGAUAAGUACAUUCUUCAUCACAAGUAGUGUGGUCAUCGCUGAGACACUUCCCUUCUUUGGUUAUAUGAUGUCACUUGUUGGAGCAUUACUUAGCGUAACGGUUUCAAUUCUCCUGCCUUGUGUAUGCUACUUGAAGAUCUCCGGAAAUUACAAGAAAUUUGGGGUUGAGACUGUAAUGUUGUUUGGUAUGGUGGUGAUGAGUGUUCCCAUUGGAGUUUUAGGCACUUACAUUGCCAUUCGAGAAAUGGUUGGUAGUGUAUAAAAGUUUUUUUUUAUUAAUACUAGAAGAAGAA